AUGUCAGAGCUCUAUUUUGUUUGGUCCAGUUCUUAGGCAAUUAAAAAUUAAGAAAUUAACUUCAGUCAAAAACUGUAAACAUAUCGGAUGUUCAUGUUUUCAAAUUUUCUGUCUCGUUGUCUUCCUGAACUUCUGAAUCAUCCUAGAAAUUAUAAAAUUUGGCAAAUAGCUUUUUAUCCAGUCAGGCCAGUCAGCAUUAAAAUAAAAACAUGCAAAAACUUUAAAAGAUUGAAUAUUACAAAAAAGAAAAUAAAAGACUGGAGAAAUAUAAUUACUCAUAAAAGAUACAAAUAUUAUUGUAUAAAAUAUUUAUCUGUAACACUAUUUGUCUAUAGUGUAUGACAGCUCACACUGUGCUUUUAUGCAUUGAUUUUUUUUUUUCUUUAAAAAAAAGAUAUUCCAUAGAGCCCUGAAGUCAGGGUGUUGAUCCUCAAUCAUACAAGAUUCUAUUAUAUAUGUGCCACUGGAGAUAGUUUUGUUCAACAACUGAGCUAUAAAAUUAAGAGAUUUGCUCAACAUUUUUAUCAGUAUUUUGAAAAUCUUUGCAGUAUUGAAACAAAAGGAUUAAUGUAUUGUUAACAAGGUUUUUCAAAUGUUCUCAUCCACAAACAAAAUUGUAUACCAAGUGUGAGAGUACCAGAAAGUCUCAGUAUAACCCAUGAUACUGGAAGAAGUUAAUUUAACCACUACUCUAGAAAAACAAAUUUGACCAAAAAGACGAUCCAUGGAGUCAGACCAUCAGUAUGUAACAAGUUAGAUAAUAAGCUGGGCUUAGAUUUGAACAGGAGAUUCAGAGAGAUAGCUUGGAAGUUAUAUAGUGCUUUCAGUCAUCUCAAAUUAUUCUCUGCCUCAUAAGUUCAUCCCUUUAAUAGUAAAAUCACCUAAAUGAUGCUAUAUGGCUGCAAAUAAUGGUACACUAUGAUCAGGAAGAAUGAAAAUUCCAAAUAACUUACAUGGAAAUGAAAAGAUGCAGUGAAUGGAAAGCAAAUUGAAGUGUAUUACCAGUGAUGACUUGAAAAUAUAGAAAGGAAGAACCACCUAAAGAUCUAGAGCUACAGUUGUAUUUUAUAGUGAACAUGCUAUUACUACAAAGCACUAAGAUCUGUAGUAGAUGAAGCAUUGGUCUUAAAGUAUCAAAAAGAACAAAGUCUUUAAGUUUUGCCUUUUCACUAUUAGUUUUGUCACCGGGGGCAAAUCACAUGCUUUCUGUCCUUGUUUCCUUUGGAUAAAAGGGCUGAUCUAACUAACUUGCAUCAAAUGUUUUUAUGAAUGUUGGAGUUUAUCUAUAGAUGUUAAUGUGUGAGACAAGUGAUGAAGUAGAUGAUGGUUUCCUAUUUUUACCCACAGAAAAUUUCUCCUGAUGUGAUAAUAUUGCUACAAGGUGAGCCACAGGUAGACCAAUGUACUAAACCGUUAUUUUUGAAAUGAACUGAAAAAUAGAAGUGUUUGGUAAAGAAGUUCAAUAUGGUGGAAGAAGCAGAGAGGAAACCAGUAUUGGAAAUGGUCCAAGCAGCUGGAACAGAUGGAAACUGUGUCACAUUUGUGUUGUAUGAUGAGGAUCAUACACUAGGAAACUCUCUACGUUACAUGAUCAUGAAAAAUCCAGAAGUGGAGUUCUGUGGGUACAGUAUCACCCACCCUUCAGAAAGCAAAAUUAAUUUCCGCAUCCAGACUAAAGGGGGUCUUCCAGCAGUUGAGCCCUUUCGUCAAGGCCUUAAUGAGCUCAUGGAUGUCUGUCAACAUGUGCUUAAUAAAUUUGAAGCAAGUAUAAAGAACUAUAAAGAUCAAAAACAAGUUGAAAUGGAAUAGUAUUACAUUCUUGAUCAGAUUAAAAUGCAUAUCUCUGUGCUAAUUUUAUAGAAUUGGUCUGUUCCUUUAAAAGUUUAACCCUAAAGUCACUUUGUUUAUUAUUUUUGUUAGAAUAUGUAUGUGUAAAGAACUGGUAUAGUACUUAAUAAAAUUACAUAAGGCAAUAAACCUGAAAUUCAGAUAAAGAUAAACCUGUAAUUUUCUCAUUAAGGAAUUUCUUCAGCAUUCCAUUAUAGGUGAUUUCAAACCAGAUUUUUGUUUUGUUUCAGCAUCAAUGGAAGCUAUCCAGCCCUCUUGUUUUUUAUAAUUCAUGUGUAUGUUGUUCACAGACAGCCUCAUAUGCUGAGGACCUUCUUCCACAUAAUUUUAUAUUUCUUUUGUCUUUGCCUUAUUGGAACCUGAAAACUAGGCUUUGCUAGCAGAACAUAAGCAAGUAGAUUUUCAUGUGCUGAAGAGAUGGAUACCAUCAAAAAGUAUACGAGACUUGAGCCAGCUUUGUGUCUUGGAUCAAAUGUCAUGUACUUUUUUUGUGUGGAUGUGUAUAUAUAAAGUUUCCCUUAUUGCUAAAUACAUAUUUAAGUAUAAAUACACAAAUGGAGGGUUGGUAUUUAUCAUAAUCAUUUGGAUUCUUGUACAUUAUUUAACCAUUCCUAAAUCUUUUCUGCUAUAAUUAUAACAAUAAAUGUAGUAUGUAUUACAUGUAGUAAUAUAUAAUAAGUAUAAAAUGUAAAUAUUUUGAUGUAUACAGGGACUUGUCAUCAGUGACUUCCAAUAGAGUCCUGUUGGAAUGAGAAAGUCAAUGAUAAUUCAUGUAUCCACUUAAAAACUCUGUCCUCCAUGGUCUGACUUCAUUUGCUUUCCAAAAUCACUAAUGAUCUCUGCCAAAUUUGAUGGCUUCUCAAAUCUUCCUCCUUGGUCUCUUAACUUUUGUCAGUAUCUAUCACCCUUUUUUCCUGGAUCUUCUCACCUCUUAUGAGUUUUUUUUUUAACACUGUUCUCCUGGUUCUUUUCUUACGGAUCUUGACUGUUGCUCAAUCUUUCUUUGAUCUUCAUCUGGGCCAUGCUUAAUAGCCCUGAUAUUCUCCUGGACUUUAUUUACUGUUUUUGAUCUCAUCAACUCAUGAAUUUAAUUCUCUAUACAGAUCUGAGUCUUGUAUUUAUCCAGCCCUAAUCUCUCCUUAUCUCCAGUCUGAAAUCACCAAAUAAAUGCCUGUUGAACAUCCUGAA